UUUUUUAUGAGACGGGAAAAAAAAGAAAGUUGAAUCACUCUUCUGGACAUUUCUGCGUUUUCCGUCCUUUUCACCCAUUUGUAAUAAAUACAUCACAUAUACUACUUGUUUUAAGCGUAGUAGUAUGGUGUAUGUUUUGUAUGUCACUCUUGCUUGAUGUUUCAAGCUUUCAAAUUAAUCUACCAGAUGACAAAAAAAUCUACUUUUUAGUUUCCUUCAAUUCAAAUUUUCAAUAUAAAUUAUUUUGGAUUUUUAUAAUAUAGGUUACUUUUAAGUCUUAUACAAAAACCAGUUAAUUUAAGAGAAAAAAAAUUGAAUAUGAUUUGUGAUUGAAUAUUCUUAAAGACAAUAAUAAUUUUAAAUAAAAUAUAAAAAAUUUAUAGGUGUAUUUCUAACCAAAACAACUUAUAAAUUUAAACAAAAUGAAUUUACUAGUAUACAUAGUUUGUUGAUUAAGCUGCAAAAAAUAUUAAUUUUAUAGAUAUAUAUAUAUAUAUACAUAUAUAUUUAGUUCCCAUGACCGGAAAUUUAACUAAUUUGAUUGUUUGCAAAAGCAAUUUAUGCAAAAGAUAAAUAGUUGAUAAAUCUCUUUUCUAACCAUUCCAGUCAAUAUGUCACUAUCAAACUCUAAUUAAUCAACAGUAAACACUAUGGUGCAUGAGUUAUAUAAAAAAGUAUAAGACCUAACAUUUUUUUUGUUUUUUACUAUUCUGAAUAAAUAAGUUAUCUUACGGUGAUACAAACCAUUUGGAGUUAAAAAAGACCGAAACAUUUGACUUUCUUUAUAAAGUCAUUUUGUAUAGAAGUGUGGAGACAAAUUUUAAUAUAAUAUAACUUAUGUACAUAGUCUUGUCGACAUGUCUAUAAGUUAGACUAAAAAAGCAAAUCAUUUCGUCUAUAUAAACAUACAUACACAAGCACACACACACACGACUUAAGAAGUUUUGUGGUGAAUGAGAAAGUCAACAUUAAUGGAGAAAGUCACACAAAGAACUAUCUCCUCCUCCUCCUCCACCACCUUCUUUUUGUGCUUCUUUAUCUUCUCUUCAAGCAUUCUCUUUCUCGCCGGAAAAUCAGCAGCAAAAGUUUCUUAUGACGGUGACAAUGAUGAUAACGUGACGGCUUUGUUCAUCUUCGGGGACUCUUUCUUGGAUGCAGGAAACAACAAUUACAUAAAUACCACUACACUUGACCAAGCCAAUUUUCCACCUUAUGGUCAAACAUUCUUUGGCCUCCCCACCGGGAGAUUCUCCGACGGUCGUCUCAUCUCCGAUUUCAUUGCGGAAUAUGCGAAGUUGCCGUUAAUUCCGCCGUUUUUGGAACCGGGAGAUAGUCAAAAGAAGCUUUGCGGCGUCAACUUUGCAUCUGCUGGAGCUGGUGCUCUUGUUGAAACGUUCCAAGGUUCGGUGAUAAGUUUGAGAACACAAUUGGAUCACUAUAAGAAAGUGGAGAGAUUGUGGAGGAUAAAGUUUGGUAAAGAAGAAAGCAAGAAGAGAAUCUCAAGAGCUGUCUAUUUGAUAAGUAUUGGGUCUAAUGACUACUCAAGCCCUUUCUUGACCAAUCAAUCUCUCUCCGUUUCGAUGUCUCAACAUGUUGACAUUGUCAUUGGUAACUUGACUACAUUCAUCCAUGAAAUAUACAAGAUUGGAGGACGGAAGUUCGGGUUCUUGAAUGUGCCGGAUUUGGGUUGUUUUCCGGCUUUACGGAUACUAAAACAGAAGAACGAUUCUUGCUUGAGAGAUGCUUCAAUACUGGCAAGCAUACAUAACAAAGCUCUUUCAAAUCUCUUGUUUAAGAUGCAAAGACAAGUCAAGGGCUUCAAGUUCUCUCUCUUUGACAUGAACAAAAGUCUUAAACUCAGAAUGGAUCAUCCUUCUAAAUUUGGUUUUAAAGAAGGGGAAGAAGCAUGUUGUGGGACAGGGAAGUGGAGAGGAGUAUUCAGCUGUGGAGGGAAGAGAAUUGUGAAGGAAUACAAAUUAUGUGAGAAUCCUGAUGAUUAUAUUUUUUGGGAUUCACUUCAUCUCACCCAAAAUACUUACAAACAAUUUGCAAAUCUCAUUUGGAAUGGUGGGCACAUGUCAGAUUCUCUAGUGGUUGGCCCAUACAAUGUCAACAGAUUAUUUCAGAUUUCUUGAUGUGAAUGUAUGUUAAUAUACAUGGAUAUGCUUUGUUCUUUUGUUGGUAACCUUUUUUUGUUCAUCACUGGUUCAAGAAAUUCAAAGUACUUUACUUUGGUGGUGGGGUUUUCUCCUUUCCCCAGUU